AUGAAUCUCCGCCUCUCAUGCUUUUUGAUUAUCAUUGCAUUGUGUGCUGAGUUGAGUAAUGGAGCAAUUUUUCAAAAAGACUCUGUACAUUUUAACAACUCUCUUCAACCAAACAACAUUCUCAAGGUCCAUUGUGUCACAAAAGAAGAUGAUCUAGGCGACCAUUUGUUGAGUCAUGGGCAAACCUAUGAGUUCAGUUUUUAUGAAAGUAUUUUCAAAACUGAAGUCAUUUGUGGCUUAUGGCAGGGACCUGGUUUCAAGCUCUAUGCAUUGUUGAAGGCAUAUGAAGGUGCUGGUUUCCAUUAUGGUAAGACAAACUAUUGGGAUGCAAGAGAAGAUGGCGUAUAUUUCACACAUGGUUCACUUUCUCCCAAGUUAGAGUACAAGUGGAAGUGGUUAGCUUUUGUCCUUGCACCAACUCCUUAG